AACAUGCAAAAUCAACGUUACAUAUACUAUAUCUCAUGCAAAAAUAAAUGAGGUGAAAAAGGAAACUAAUAAGUGAAUGUAAAUGUAACUAAGUGAAAAUAUUCAUUUUUUCCUUUGUACAUAUAUAUUUCCUUUUUUCUUUCUUUUACCAAACAAAAUAUUCAUUUUUUUUUGCAACACAAAUAUUCAUUUUUUUUGUCAACAUAUAAACAAACCGUAUGAACGGAGACGUCUCAUGAAACCUACAUAUAUGUAGUAGAAAAAAAGAAGCUAUCAUAGGUAAAGUCUUGGAAAGAUUCCAAGAAGAUGGAGGACUCAUGUUUAUUCAUCACUGUCGAAGCGGAAAGGAACCCAGAAUCACUCCGAAAAUGGCUGACCAUUGCAAAAGAAAGAAAGACGACGACGAAAGGAGCUCAACAUUUCUCGUUGAAGGCGAAGAAGCAUCUCUCUGCUCUCGGUUGGCGUUUCGCUUACGUUAGCAAAGGGACGUCACGAGAGCUGCGCUACAAAUCUCCCGAGGGUAAGUGGUUUAACUCUUUAGUUACAGCUUGUGGUGCUUGUCUCGAAGAUGAAGACGACGACGACUCGAGUACUCAAGAACAAGAUGAUAACCUAGAAGCGCCUGCUUCCGGUGGUGUACCGAAGAAGAAGAGAACGAAGGUUUGUGAUACGGCGCCGUUUACUGGGGACAAGAACCGCUCUUCUCACUUGGCCAAGAAGAUUCUCAACGAACAGGCCGAGAAGGCGUCCGAUGAGGCUGAGCUAACGCCAAAGCCAAGGUUUGGGAAAUCGAAGAGGACGAACUGUGAUGUGUGUUGUGUUUGUCAUCUUGGUGGAGAUGAUUUGCUUCGAUGCAAUGGUUGUCCUUCGGCAUUUCACCCUGCUUGCUGGUCGAUUGCUCCCGAUGAACAGGAUUGGUUCUUCUGUACUUGUUGCUUCUGCGAUAUCUGCAAUCAAAGGAGAACGCCAGGAACCAGCAUGUUAUUGACUUGUGAGCAAUGCCAUAGAAGAUGCCAUCGAAAUUGUCUUGAACCACCUGAGCCUUUAAUUGAUUUGCCAUGGUUCUGUAGUUCACAAUGCAGCAGUGUCUUUUCCGCGCUUCAGAAACUCCAAGGAACUAAGAUUGCAUUAGUAGGCGACGAGGGUUUGGUCUGGAGUUUGAUGAGAGUUCCUAAUGACGGUGAACAACAGCUGGAUUCUGCUGUUAAGAUGCUUCAACGCUCGUUUAAGCCUACACCAGACCGUUUCUCUGGGAGAGAUCUUGUUGAGGAAUUGAUAUUCAGCAAAGACUCAGAUGGCGUGGGACGCACGUUUUACACGGUUUCAAUUGAGAGGAAUAAUAACCCUAUCAUUGUGGUGGCAAUGAGAGUUGGCAAAGAUGUAGCUGAGAUCCCUUUGUUGGCGACACUGACUAGAGAUUCUUAUGACAGGAUAAGUAGCAUGUGUAGAGCACUUAUGGAUGAGUUGGAGAAGCAAAUGUCUGAAAUUGGAGUUCGUAGAUUGGUCUUACCGGCUUUGGCAGAUGAUGUGCACACUUGGACUCAGCAGUUUGGGUUUUCACAUAUGGAAAGUUCUGAGAGGUUGGAGCUUCUGAAACAUGGAUUGUUUGAUUUUGUUGGUACUGUAAUGUGCCAUAAGUUUCUGAAGGGAAGAGAAGAGCAAGGAGAGUCGAGCCCAACCGAUUAAACGGUGGAACCAAUCCUGAUACCUUUCUGUGAUGUAUUGAUUGAUUCUAUGUGAUGUACAGUGUGGAAUUCUGUUUUCACAACUCUUAUAAACUUCAUGAUAAUGGCCUGAAUCAACAACUGUAGACAAACAAACCAUAGUUUACAGUUUUUACAGCUUUACGGUUCUUUAUACACAUCAAAGCAUAUUAUUCUUCAAAGA